AUCUUAUUUACAUAAAAAACUGUAAAAAUAACAAAAAAUCCAGUGAACAUUAGUAGUAAUAGAGUGGCAGGAAAAUUACGAGUUCAACUGCUGACGUCAUAGGUCAAGUGACUGAUUUGGACCAAUAGGAUGCCUGGGAUUUAUUUUGGACCAAUAGGAAUCGAUUAUUUUUGUUUAAGAAUGCGACAAGCAAGGUUACUGCUUCUAUUCCUAUUUGUUUCUUCUACUGCAUGCUUUGUUUUAAAUUCUCUAAAACAGGUUCGAAGAAAGGAGAUGCUGGAGAAGAAACGCCGACAAAAACCCGACAUCGAUAAUCAUAAGAAACCAUAUUUAACCGAACAGAGCGCACCAGGAGCAGCAGAGCUGUGUAGAAGAGCCAGAAGCUGUUCCAGUCUUCAGGAUCUGUGCCACAGUAUUGACCAAUUUGAAUCCAAUCAAACCAGUUCUUCUUCUGUGUGUAAACAAUGGAAAAACAAAUGUAAGAAAGGGAUUUCGACCCGGCCCAACUGCAAGCUUUUCAAUAAAAAAUGUGCUGGAGAAUUGACAGAGGAAUUUGGAUAAAAUUUUAAUAAAAUCAUCUUUACCCUAUUUACCCUAGGGGGAGGGGGGUCAAUUUGCCCCCCACCCCUAUAGUUUUUUUGUAAUAACUCAAAAGUAUUUGCUGGGCUUUUAUACCUACUGCCUGAGUCCUCAGGCAUACCGCCUAAAGCCCUUAUUUAUCUUUACCAGACUAAAUCUAUAU